AUGGAAUCAAAUUCAGAGAAGAAUAUCAACAUCAGCGUAGGUUCUUCCGGUGGUGGUAGUGAACAUGUUCCACUAGUAACCGUUGCAAAACAACCAACGACAGCAACAGAAACCGUAGCCAAAGGCGAAACAAGAGCCAAAGCGACAAGACAUCCAAGAUGGACAAGACAAGAGUCCCUUGUUCUCAUAGAGUCCAAGAAACUUGUCGAGAGUGGGGAACAGAUUAACAGGUACCAAUCGCCACCUGGGUUUGUUGUUCUUCAGACGGAUCCAAAGUGGGAUAUGGUUUCAUCGUUGUGCCAGCAACGAGGUGUUAAGAGAGGCGCUGUUCAGUGUCGAAAAAGAUGGGGGAACCUUCUCACUGAUUUCAGGAAGAUCAAGAAGUGGGAAACGAAUGUGAAGGAUGAGAAUGAAUCGUUUUGGAUGAUGAGGAAUGAUAAGAGAAAGGAGAACAAGUUGCCGGGGUUCUUUGAUUCUGUAGUCUACAAUGUUCUUGAUGGAGGGGUAUGCACUGCAGCCGCGUAUCCAUUGACGCUUAUUAAGGGCCCACCAAAACAAGAAAAUAUUAGUGGUGGUGGUGAUCGGGGGGAAGGAGAAGCUGUGGUGACGGCAAGAAAGAAGGAUCAUCAUCGCAGUCGCAAUCAACCUCAUCGCCAGAAUCAUGACGAGGUUGAUGAGGACGACGAUAUGGAGGAUGAUGAGACCAUUGUGGACAGUGAGAUGGGUUGGAGCACUGAAGAGGAGAACAACACUAAUUCUACGACAGAGACAGGGAAGGUGAAUAACAGUAGUCUAAUGCUGUUGAAAACACCUACUGUUGCAGGUGCUAAGGAAACGGUGAUGAAUAUGAUGAUGGUGAUGGGGAGUACACAGAAGAUACCGUUACCCAAAUUGCCUACUUCAGAGAAACAACCAACACCAACAUCUUGCAAAGGGAACUACGACCAUCCACCAGGCUUUCAAAGAGAAGGUGUGUCACAGGAGGGGCAUAAGAAGAGGAGAUUAUCACCAGGUAAUAGUGAACACACCACAAAUUUCAAUAACAACAUUGUCAGAGUACUAAGAAGGAACAAUAACAUGCUGAAAGCACAUCUUGGGGCUCAGAAUAUGAACUACCAGUUGGCCAGAGAACAUCAGAAGGAGCAAACAGAUAGCUUGGUUGCAGCCCUCGGCAAGCUCACAGAUGCUCUAUCAAAAAUUGCUGACAAGCUGUGA